GCCCGAGGCGGCGGAGGCACACGUCGGACCCACAUCCCGCCUCCGCGCUCGGGUCAACCGAAGCUGCGGCCAGGAACGAGUCCCACCGCGCAGGGUACUACCCCGCCGGCCUCAGGACGGAGCCAGACGCAGGUCUCGGCAAGGGGCAGCUAGCAGUGCUGACUCGACCGACCUCGCGGCUGUUACCGGACACCCGCUACCCGGCGACUCCAGGCCUCCCCCCGCCCCUCCGGCUCCGCCCGGCCACACCCCGGGCUGCGCGGCGUCACAAAGCGCAUGCGUGCCGCGGGGGAUGCCGGGAGCGCGCAGUGGCGGCAGCGGCAGCGACAGCAGUAACAGCGGCCGCUCGAGCGGGGACACCAGCGGGGCGGUGACCGUGUGGGAGGUGGUCUCACUCUUGGGAAAACUGUUGGGGACCGUGGCCGCGCUGAAGGUGGUUCUGUACCUGCUCCGGGUGUGCUUCGCGAUGGCCUGGAAAUCCGGCGGCGCCAGCCACUCGGAGCUAAUCCACAACCUCCGCAAAAAUGGAAUCAUCAAGACAGAUAAAGUAUUUGAAGUGAUGCUGGCUACAGACCGCUCCCACUAUGCAAAAUCUAACCCUUACAUGGAUUCUCCACAAUCAAUAGGCUUUCAAGCAACAAUCAGCGCUCCUCAUAUGCAUGCGUAUGCACUAGAACUUCUGUUUGACCAGUUACAUGAAGGUGCGAAAGCCCUUGAUGUAGGAUCUGGAAGCGGAAUCCUCACCGCCUGCUUUGCCCGGAUGGUUGGACAUAGUGGAAAAGUCAUUGGAAUCGAUCAUAUUAAAGAACUAGUAGAUGACUCAAUAAAUAAUGUCAGAAAGGAUGACCCAAUGCUUCUGUCCUCAGGACGAGUGCGACUGGUUGUGGGCGAUGGAAGGAUGGGCUAUGCCGACGAAGCCCCCUAUGAUGCUAUUCAUGUAGGAGCUGCGGCCCCAGUGGUGCCCCAGGCACUGAUAGACCAGUUAAAGCCUGGUGGAAGACUGAUAUUGCCAGUCGGUCCCGCAGGAGGAAACCAAAUGCUGGAGCAGUAUGACAAGCUACAAGACGGCAGCGUCAAAAUGAAGCCUCUGAUGGGGGUGAUAUACGUGCCUUUAACAGAUAAAGAAAAGCAGUGGUCCAGGUGGAAGUGAUUUUCUCUUCUGCUCUCUCUUCUUCCACACAUUCAAGGGAUGAACUGUAAGAGCAACACGAGCUUGACCAGUCAGUCUGUCACAUUGCAGUGGAUUGCUCAUCUCAGUCCUUAAAGCAUUUGAAAACCAACAGCAUCACAGCUUGUUUUGGACUUCGUUACACUCUUAUUUUCAGCAUGAAAACGUGUGGUUUUGUAGGGUUUCCUAAUUCAAAGAGGCACAGAGCCAAACUGGUAGAGAUGGGCUGCAAAGCGUAACUGUGUGUUAUUUUUAACAUUGCCCACAUUUUAUUUUGAAAGUAUUAAAAGAAAGGGUUCUCCAACUAGAAAGCUUAAUUUGUGAAUUAGUUUUGAAGAGUGGCUUUGCUUUUCUUGGACACUUAAUUCUGUUCCAAUAUCAUUCAUCCGACUUCUUUUGUGCAUCAGAUAACACCACGUUCACAAGCUUAGGUCUCUUGGUAGCUGGUGUCUGUUAGAUGCUGCUAAGAAAGCAGAGAUGAGCUUUCUUCUUAAAGCUUUUGAUGUGACGUAAUAGGGUAGCAUGUUGUAGAUAGAAUCAGCUGCUGUUACCUUAACACUAGGUGUCUGUAAAUACUGAAACCUCAGACGGCGGCAGGUGGUGUCCCCAGACACUCAGCUGGUCGGAUUGGACAUCUCUGAUGUAAUUUUCCUCUCGAAAAAUGAGAGGAGGCCUGUAGCUCAACAUCGUUUUUCUGUUUCUAGUUUGCUGCUGAUAAUGUAUCUGCAUCUAAUACUGUAAGCUGUUGCGUCUCUGCACAGUUUAUGCAGUGCUGCUUUGCCAAAUAAAAUGACAAGCAAAAGAAGCAUUGGUGGCCUUUGAAUCUAGAAGAACACAGCUCUGCUAGGUCCAGAUGCUGCCCACAGUCAUGGGGGAAUUGUUCUCCUCUGCUGCUGCCCUGUAAAGUCCUAGGAGGUCAACGUGUCUAGCAUUGAUC